AUGCCUGCUGCCGAGCCAUCGAAGGCCUUGGAGGCCAUCAUCUCAUCAGAGGACCUGGUCUACUGCGUCGCGAGAUAUACACCAUCUCGAGCGACUCUCCGAAAUCUUUGUCUUGUCUCGAAAUUAUUCAAUGAGACAUUCUCACAAUUCCUCUACUCUAGCAUCGUCUUCCAUGAUGGAAACGCCCAUAUCCUCCGGGAUCCAGAGCUCCUCAGGGAUUUCACAUCUAAUACGAAUCUUAGGUUCGCCAAAUCGCUCGCCGUCAAACUCAUCGAAGGUUCAUGGGCCAUCGGCAAUCACCGUGAGGUCGGUCGACUAGUUGACGCGCCUGGUUAUGGCCGCAUGGGAGACGUCAGACACUGGGCGGGCAUGUAUAAUGACAGCAUCAUCAAAAUCCUGUCACUGACGCCCCAUAUUUUUAAAUUUGAAUGGGAGAAUUGGCCGAUAUCACAGUCUCUCCUUGAAGUGUUGGAAGAAAAUUGCCCUUCCUUGCGAGAUGUCUUGAUCUUGUACCCCAACAUCGCCAGGCUCUCACGGACUGAGAGAUUUUACCGCAACGGGAAGAGCGACUUCGAUGAAGCGAAACCCAAGAUGAUACCUCUACCAGCUCCAGAGUUGCAAAACCUGCGCAAGCUCUACCUCUACGAGAUAACGGGUGAUCUUGAUGUAUGGAUACCGAAGAUUGCUACCAUGCUCGGGAAAUCCAGGUUCUUGGAGGAACUAGGGCUUUCCAUGUCAGCAGAGUGCGAGAGACAGCAUGCCCUUGCCGGAAAGUCGAAGGCCUUUUUAAAUUUCUUCCCCUCCUUGGUCGAACGUUAUCAUGACCAAGGAGACGAGCCACUGAGACUGCGUAUCCUCAAAAUGGGCUACGGCGUCCUUCUGAAUACACCAAACGGAAGUUUAUAUGAUGGAGAUCUUGAAAAGGAUGAGUACCUUUCUUAUCUCACCCACCGGGCCUACCUCGAGGAACUCUACAUUGAUAAUGACCUGGAUAUCGGUUGCCCGCUCAAGAUCCGUACAACGGUAGGCCAUAUUGCCUGGCCUCUCAUAACACCAUCCUUCUUGCCCAAUCUCAAGCGCUUCACUUUUACCAGCCUCUCGAUCAGAAGUCAGAAGUGGCUCGGCCAACAUCCAGACCCGACAUUUGCCAACAGCCUAGCCAUGGGCGUCGGAACUGAGAAACUCGCAUUCAGCUAUAUCGAUGACCAAGGCGCUGUGCAAAACGUACGCAACAACAACAUCCACCGGCACAUCGGUCAAAUAGGCGAACGGACUUUCUUCCUGCACAAGUAUCGGAACCACCCCAACCUUCCUCUGAAAAGCUCUAUUUUGUCCAUCUUGAAGCCCUGUCACAAAGAUCUCGUGGUUAUCGGCAGUUGCAACUGGAUCAAAACCUUGACGAUCUGUCUCCAGAAGCAGACCACCCUGGGCGCGCUGAAGAAGAUCUCGCAGACUCUGCCGUGUACAGAUCAUCUGUGGAUCCGUAUUGGUAUCGAUUACCCUCUGGUGGAUGGCCAGAACGAGGCGAACCACAGAGGGAAUGCGGUCCGGCUGAAGGACGGGAGCUUGGUUGACGAGCAGCUGCAUUUGCACAGUUCGUGGAGACAGAAGUGGACAGAGAUGGCGACCACGAUGUCUGAGUCGAAGUCGUGCCCGACUAAAUACCUCAAGAUCGGGCACCUUGCCUGGCGGGUACUGCCACGGCCUAAGGGCUCCAGGAAGGCCAUUUUAGAGUCCGUUGACAGGUGGGAGGACGAAGCGGAGGGCCCGGAGGUCUUCAGGUAUAAUGACCCUUCCCUUUCGAACAAGCCGGUGGCUCUCAAGCCCAAGAACGCUAUCAGCCGGCACAUGUGCGGGGAUAUGCAGUAG